CAGGGACUGGGCAGGAAGCGGGAGGAUGGUUACAGUAAAUAGCGCCGGCCGGGUAAAGCAUGAAGCUGUACUGCUUGUCGGGGCAUCCAACCUUGCCAUGCAACGUGCUCAAGUUCAAAUCCACCACUAUCAUGUUAGACUGCGGACUGGAUAUGACAUCUACCCUCAAUUUCCUCCCGCUGCCACUGGUUCAGAGUCCCAGGCUGUCCAAACUCCCUGGCUGGGUUUUAAAAGAUGGAAACACUUUCCUAGACAAGGAACUAAAGGAAUGUUCUGGCCAUGUGUUUGUAGACUCUGUACCUGAAUUCUGUUUGCCAGAGACUGAGCUGCUAGACCUGUCUACGGUAGAUGUCAUCCUGAUCUCAAACUAUCACUGUAUGAUGGCAUUGCCCUACAUCACAGAGUAUACUGGAUUCACUGGGACGGUGUAUGCCACUGAGCCCACUGUUCAGAUUGGCAGACUUCUCAUGGAAGAGCUGGUGAAUUUUAUUGAACGUGUGCCAAAGGCUCAGUCUGCCUCCUUGUGGAAGAAUAAGGAAGUGCAGCGGCUGCUGCCUGCCCCUCUGAAAGAUGCAGUGGAGGUGUCUACGUGGAGGAGGUGUUACACCAUGCCCGAAGUGAACUCUGCACUCAGCAAGAUCCAGCUGGUGGGGUAUUCCCAGAAAAUUGAGCUGUUUGGUGCUGUGCAGGUUACUCCUCUCAGUUCCGGCUAUGCGCUUGGAAGCUCCAACUGGAUUAUACAAUCACAUUAUGAAAAGGUGUCCUAUGUUUCGGGCUCCUCGCUGCUCACAACACACCCGCAGGCCAUGGACCAGGCUUCUCUUAAAAACAGCGAUGUUCUCAUUCUGACAGGGCUUACCCAGAUUCCCACCGCUAACCCAGACGGCAUGGUGGGGGAGUUCUGCAGUAACCUGGCUAUGACUGUCCGGAAUGGAGGAAACGUCCUGGUUCCAUGUUAUCCUUCUGGAGUGAUAUAUGACCUGCUGGAGUGUCUAUAUCAGUACAUCGACUCUGCAGGACUCUCCAAUGUCCCCUUUUACUUCAUCUCACCUGUUGCCAACAGCUCCCUGGAGUUCUCCCAGAUCUUUGCCGAGUGGCUGUGUCAUAAUAAACAGACGAAGGUGUAUCUCCCGGAACCUCCCUUUCCUCAUGCUGAGCUCAUUCAGACAAACAAACUGAAGCACUAUCCCAGUAUCCAUGGAGAUUUCAGCAAUGAUUUCAAACAGCCGUGCGUUGUGUUCACUGGACAUCCCUCCCUCAGGUUUGGGGAUGUGGUGCACUUUAUGGAGCUGUGGGGAAAAUCUAGCCUUAACACUGUUAUAUUUACGGAGCCUGACUUUUCUUAUCUGGAGGCACUGGCUCCCUAUCAACCUCUGGCUAUGAAAUGCGUUUACUGCCCCAUCGACACGAGACUGAAUUUUAUUCAGGUGUCCAAGUUACUCAAAGAAGUCCAGCCUCUCCAUGUGGUUUGUCCAGAGCAGUACACCCAGCCUCCACCCACCCAGUCCCAUCGCACAGACCUGAUGAUAGACUGCCAGCCGCCGGCAAUGUCCUACCGCCGAGCAGAGGUGCUGACUCUCCCAUUCAAGCGGCGCUACGAGAAGAUUGAAAUCAUGCCAGAACUUGCAGAUUCACUGGUGCCCUUGGAGAUUAAACCUGGCAUUUCCUUAGCAACCGUUUCUGCUGUGCUGCAUACUAAAGACAACAAGCAUGUGCUUCAGCCCCCUCCAAAACCCACACAGCCCCCAGCCAGCAAGAAGAGAAAGCGGGUGAGUGACGACGCCCCAGAAUGCAAACCUUUAAAGCCGUUGCUGAGUGGCUCCAUUCCCAUGGACCAGUUUGUACAGACCCUGGAGAAGCAUGGGUUCAGCGAUGUGAAGGUGGAGGACACAGCAAAGGGACACAUUGUGCUCUUGCAAGAGGCAGAAACUCUCAUUCAGAUAGAAGAGGAUUCAACGCACAUCAUCUGCGACAAUGACGAAACGCUCCGGGUCAAGUUGCGGGACCUGGUUCUCAAAUUCCUUCAGAAAUUCUAGCGCUUCCCUGACGGAGAUCCGGCCAGCCUCUCCUGAACGAGGAGAGCAAAGCAGGCCUGUGAGAUGACAAAACUCCAGAGAAAAAUGGAACCGCUUCCCCUGGGGGAGAUGCAGAGAGCACCUCUCUGAUUUCAUAAACAGCCAGAAAACGUCUCCCACCUGAGGAAAAGGGGGGAAUAUUUUAUAGAUAAUUAAUUUUAACCAACUUUUUGCAACCUUUCAAACCAAUUCCCUUGCUGUAAAUUUGGGUUUAGAGCCCCUCAGUAAGAAUUGCAAAAUAAAACACAUGCUGUAUGUUUUCACCCAGGUGAAAAUGCUA